ACAUCGCAAGAGAAUAAGAAGAGAACAUUAAAGAUGUUUCUGAGCUUCUUCAACUCUAAAUACAUGGUUUUGCUGAGCUGCGUGCUGGCGAACCUCACAUUUGCCAAACAAGGGCACAAAGUAUGUGACACUAGUUUGGCGAUUUCCAGCGACUUUCAUGCCUCUGUGGAUGCGGACGCUAAGGGAAAUGGCAACAUCCACAACCGUUCACUAUCUGCAUGGACCUGGAUACCGAAGUUUUCGCCACACAGAAUACCACAGGUCAUCUUUGAAGCCCAGUGCAGCUCAGAAUAUUGCACCCUUCCCAAUGGCGUGGAUACGAGACUGAACUCACUGCCCAUUUAUCAGGAGAUCCUUGUGCUGAAACAGGAUACAGAGGACAGGAAGUGCUUCAGGGCGACUUUUGAGAGAGUAAUAGUGGGCUGUACGUGUGUGUGGGCCAAAACCUCCUAAAAUUAUUAGCAUAUUUCCGUGUUAGAAUCAACUUAUUUAUUUG